AUGACGAGUGAGGUGAUCGAAGAUGAGAAACAGUUCUAUUCGAAGGCUAAGACGUACUGGAAGGAAGUCCCGCCCACCGUGGACGGCAUGCUCGGGGGGUAUGGCCACAUCUCCAGCAUCGACAUCAGCAGCUCCCGGAAGUUCCUGCAGAGGUUUUUGAGGGAAGGCCCAAACAAGACGGGGACCUCCUGUGCCUUGGACUGCGGAGCCGGCAUAGGCCGGAUCACCAAGCGGCUGCUCCUGCCGCUCUUUGGAGUGGUGGAUAUGGUGGACGUGACCGAAGACUUUCUGAUUAAAGCCAAGACCUACCUGGGGGAGGAGGGCAAGAGGGUGAGGAACUACUUCUGCUGCGGCCUCCAGGACUUCAGCCCCGAGCCUAAUUCCUACGACGUCAUCUGGAUCCAGUGGGUGAUAGGUCACCUGACUGAUCAGCACCUGGCCGAGUUCCUGCGGCGCUGCAAGCAGGGCCUGCGCCCCAAUGGCAUCAUUGUCAUCAAAGACAACAUGGCCCAGGAGGGCGUGAUCCUGGAUGACGUGGACAGCAGCGUGUGCCGGGGCCUCGAGGUGGUCCACAGGAUCAUCCGCAGCGCGGGCCUCAGCCUGCUAGCCCAGGAGCGCCAGGAGAACCUUCCCGAUGAGAUCUAUCACGUGUACAGCUUAGCCCUGAGAUGA